GGCUUUCGCCAGCCGGUGAUGCCCGGCGCCGGCCAGCGCUGCAGACUGCCCGGGGGCUGCGAAAUUCAAGGGCUCGCGAGUGUUGCUCGGAAGGCACUUUCAGGCUGAGUCCAGCUGUGAUGCACAUCUAUCCCACAAAGAAGGUGUCAGUUUUUCACAGGUACUCUGCAAAACCAGCUGGUUUGAAAAGAAAAAUGAAAGGAAUGGCGUGUACAGCUGAUUUUCAAGGCCAGGAUUUCCUCAAGAAGAGGAAGAAGAAGAAGAGGAAACAAAACGAGUGCAACGACCAACACGGGAAUGAUGGGAGUGGGGAAGACCCGGAGCUCGGCCGAGCUUCUCCUCUGCUGUUUGAAAACACAGCAGCACAGGGUGGGGAGGGCAGCCAGAAGAAGAAGAAAAAAGCCCAAAACAAGGGUGAGAGGCAGCAGGCUUCCAUAGCUGAUUAUUGUGUGAGAAUAGACCAGGAAAUUACCAAUGGAACUGGAAUGGGGGUUUCCCGGAAGAAGAGAAAGAAGCGGGAAUGCAGUGAGAGCACGGACGAGCAGAGCGAUGUCACCUGUGUGUUGGUGAACCAGCACAGCCCUGGGGGCUGCCAGGGCAGCACUCUGGAUUAUGUGUACAUUAAAAAACCCCCCAAGAAGAAGAAGAAGAAAAAAGCAAAGCUGCCUGAAGCAGGCGAGGAGCAUGAGGGGUCUCCCUCCCAAAGACCCAGCGAAAACGGCAGAGAGAAACCCAGGAAGAAGAAGAAGAAGAAAAAAAGGAGAGGCAGCAGUGGCCAGGGUGGGCAGGAGGACACAGAUGGAGCUGCUGACCAGGCAUUGUUGUCAUCUCCAGGGCAAAACAGGCCAGUGGGGGACAAAGGGUGGCCUUUACCUGCCCAGAAGAGGCAGAGGCACAAGGGUGGUGACUCUGAUGCUGCUUCUGCCAUGAGUGAGCCCUCAGUGGAGGUACCUGCUGAUUUUUCCACACCCUGUAAAGCACCUGAUCGAGCUCAGAAAACUCCAGGACGUGCUAAAAAAGCAAUUAAAAGCAGUGCUUUUGUCAUGGAAGAAAGUUUUUCAGAGUCAGAUGAGAUGACCCCAGAACCCUCAGCAUCAAAUAACAAGAAGAACCAGAACAGUUCCUUUGCUGAGAUGGCAGCCUCUGAUGAGGUGAGUCUGGAUGAUGAUGAAUACCUGGACUCUUUCACGUCUUCAUUUGUGGAUUUGGAUACUGCCAGAGAAGAAUUGAAAGAGUUUAUUCCUCAUGUGAAGAAUAUCUCAGACACUUCCAUCAGGAAGAUGGCUGGAAGAGACCUGGCAAGGUUUAAACGGUUUAAAAAACAAGGCAUGGCUGUCAAGUUUGGCAGAUUUACCCAGAAGGAAAACGAUCAAAUCCGGAAAAAUGUUGAAGAGUUCUUAUCCAUCAGUGGGAUAGACAGUGCUGAGAAACUCCUGUUCACUUCCAGGUAUCCAGAAGAUAAAGAAACAAUCAAUCGCCUCAAGGCAAAGCAUCAGUUCUGUGAGAAAAUUUCUGAGGGCAUACCCCGACCCUGGAGGCUGAUAUAUUACAGAGCAAGGAAGAUGUUUGACCCAAAUAACUAUAAAGGAAGGUACACUAAGGAAGAAAAAGAACAAUUAAAGAAGUAUCAGGCUAUGCAUGGCAAUGACUGGAAGAAGAUUGCUGAGCUGAUGUCCCGUUCUAACCUCUCAGUUGCUAUGAAAUUCUCUGAAAUCAAGUCAGCUAUUAAUUACGGUCCUUGGACAAAGGAAGAGAUCCAGAAGUUAAAGCAUGCAGUGGAGGAAGUGAUGAGGAAAAAACUGGAAAUGGAAGAUGGAAGUUCUCCUUCCUCACUGGAACAGUCAAACAGGGAUCUCUGGGUUGACCGUGACAAACUGUGCCAGCAACUCCCUUGGACUGAGAUUGAAACCAAAGUGGGAAGUCGAUACUGGAGACAAUGUAAACAGAAAUGGAAUUCAAUUUUAGUAAAGAAGAUGUCCAAGGGGCAGACGUUACAUAGAUGGAUCAAGGGAGUACAGAACAAGAUCACUCUUAUUAAAAGGCUGUAUGAAAUGAAAGUGGAGGAUGCCAAUGAAGUAAACUGGGAAGAACUCGGUGAUGCUAUUGGAGAUGUCCCUACAACCUAUCUUCAAGUACAGUUUUAUAGGCUAAAAGUCUCCUUUGUCCCUUCUUGGCAAAAAAAGACUUUUUCUGAAAUUAUAGAUUUUCUGUAUCAAUACAAGCUCCCAGAAUUAGAAGAAAAGUUAAGAAAAAAGCAGUGGAAGCACCUUAGUUCAGGUGAUUUAUCAGCCAGUCAGGAGAAAAAGGCUUUCCGAUUCAGUGACAUUUUUGACUCCAGUGAAGAGAGUGAUUAAUGGACUGUCCUAAAAGCAACUCCUAAUUUGCAUUUUUAACUGCAAAUGGAUCUGGUUGAGAGUGGGUGCAGCUCAACAACUGCAGGUACACAGGCUGUGGAGUGAUGGCAAAAGUCAAGAUGGGCACGUCUGAUUUUCUUCUUUCAUAUUGAAGACUGAGUUCAACAGAGCUUUUGUGCUACUUUUUAUUACUUUCAUUUAGCUCUGGUUUUAGAAACCUUCAUUGAUUUUAAAUGUCUCAAGAUACGAUUUUUUCACUGUUUUGUUUUCUGUGAAGUUGAAAACUGCUCUUUUCCCUUUAUGAAUAAACUUGGUUUUCAGAACUUUAUUUUUUUUAUUUAAAAUUCAUAAAAUUAGAAAAAGGCUUUCAAUUUGGUUUUAAAUCUCUCUGUAAUAACCAAUCCUUAAGACAUCUGUGUUGAUGGAAACAGCACAACUUUUGACUUGUUUUUUUUUGUCAGGUAUAUCUUGUUCUUAAAAGCACCUAAUUUUAUUUUUCUCAGCCCUCCUAGAGAAAAAGGAUAUUUGUCCAUUUCUGCUCAUAAUUGUAAUGUCAUUUUGUGCUAAAACCAAAACAGUGCAUUUGAAAUGUUUUUGUUAAUAUUUGGAAUAUAGAGACAAAACAGACAGUGUAAAUAUAUAUAUACAUGUGCAUACACAUACUUUUAUUGUGUCAUGGAUAAUUUCUACAUUUUUAUAAGAAAAUUGAGCAAUAAGAUGGAGUUUUUACUCAUGGCUUUGUAUGAUAUUUUUAUCUCUCUGCCCAGAGUGAUUAUUUGUAAAUUGACUGUG